AUGUCGCUUUCGUUAGAGCAGCGCGCUUCUUUCACGAAAGUGAUUGACUCUAUCCUGGCUGCAAGUGACAUCAAUACCAUUUCUUCCAAGCGGAUCCGACAGGGACUGCAGGCCACCGUCGACUAUGACCUCAAUGACUACAAGACAGCUGUCAAGGAGCUGAUAAUGGAGCGAUUUGACAUCUUCGCGAGUAAGAAAGACGACGACGAUUCGACGCCAUCAGAGGAUGUGAUCCCGUCAACUGAGGGCGUCAACGGCCACUCCCACACACAAGAAACAACCAGUGCGUCUCCAACCUCAAUCUCGUCGCCGCAAAGGAAACGCGAGGCGGAAAGCGCAGCGUCAGAUGACACGGAGGCCAAAAAGCAACGCUCCGAUCACGAUAUAGAUGCGGAUGCCGAAUUUGCAGCCAAAUUGCAGGCAGAAGAGAAUAAACGUGCGCGGCCGACCCGGGGUAGUGCUACGCGCAAGGUCGCGCCAGCAAAGAAGAAGUCUAAAUCCAAGACGGGCAAAAAGGUGCGGGCUGAGGAUGAUUCCGACCUAAAUUCUGCCUCAGAAGCUGGUCCUAAGAAAGAGGUCAAUCGUUCUGGUGGCUUUCAUGUGAGAGAUCUGCCCCCCGCUUCAUUCGUAGAAUUUGUUGUGCUCACUGAUCAGAAACCUUUGAAUUUGUCCCCUGCGCUCUCAGAGCUCCUGGGUGGUGAAGUUGCGCUCUCGCGCCCACAAACGGUUAAAAAGGUCUGGGAAUAUAUAAAAGAAAACGGUCUUCAAGACCCGGCAGACCGGCGACAAAUCCGCUGUGAUGAUCGCAUGCGUCCAGUAUUCAAGCAAGACCGUGUCCACAUGUUUACUAUGACCAAGAUACUGAACGAAAAUCUGUACGACCCUGGAGAAUAG